UUCAUUGAAACUUCUCAAACACAGUCAAAGGACACCACCCUACUGAAUAUCCCAAUACAACAGCUGGGAAAACUUAUAACCCCACCAGCUGGGGCACUCCCUACAGUGCAUCUCUGGUUUUCAAGGCAGUAGGAGGGCAAGCAGAAGAAGCUCUCAUCACAGAAGUCCUUUCACUAAGGCUUUUCUGCAUCUGAGAUUGUUCCUGAAGUGAAGAACCAAGAUGUUGGUACUACUGGCUGGAAUAUUUGUGGUUCAUAUUGCCACUGUUGUCAUGCUCUUUGUCUCCACUAUCGCUAACGUCUGGAUUGUUUUUCAGAAAACAAACUCCUCAGGGCUAUGGAAGCUAUGUACAGAAAUCAAUUGCCAGGACAUUGUUGUUCACAAUGAUGACUUGGCUGCCCUCAAGGCUGUGCAGGCUUUCAUGAUCCUGGCCAUCAUCUUUUCCUUCGUCUCUUUGGUCAUGUUUGUGGUACAGCUCUUCACCAUGGAGAAGGGGAAACGCUUCUACAUCACUGGAGCCAUUAUGCUGAUUUGCUGGCUGUUUAUUUUGAUUGCUGCCUCGAUCUAUACUGCCCGAUUUAGUCAUUAUUAUGAAGACAGUCACCCUGGAUAUUCCUUUAUACUUGCCUGGAUCUGCUUUUGCUUUAGCUUUAUUAUUGGGAUCCUGUAUCUUGUACUCAGGAAAAAAUGAGAGUUGUCAGAGUGAAAUAGAGAGGGAAGAUUAGAAAUUAGGGGACUUGUGGGAGGGUUAUGAACUCACUUUGCUAUGAGAAGUUUGCCAAAAAUAAUGAAUACACUACUCACCCAAUAUGCCGAAACACUGAAAACUCCACAAGAGAGAAUUGCUAUAGACUCUCUCCUGUUAUGAAUUUAAGACCACGAAGAUGGUUGAAGAAUCUUCAGCUUAGAGAGGUGGUAUUUCUCAGACUCCAUUCAAAGGCCUCCAUCUUCUCCUUCACUGACAGCUGAAAAGUCAGAAAUAAAUAAGUUGCUCAAUUUCCUUCUUGAUCCUUCAGCAGUAUGACAUAUCACCCAUGAACAUUAUCCACCCAUUUCUAAUAAUCCAAGAAGGUAUCAUGAAGUGUGACACUAAAAGUAUCAACCUCCCUUCCAAAUUAAGCAGUGUUAGAGCUGGCCACAUUA